GUACGUGCGGGAGACCACGGGGUGCACGGUGGACAUGCGGGUGGGGAUCCACACGGGGGCGGUGCUGGCCGGGGUGUUGGGCCAGCGACAGUGGCAGUUCGACGUCUAUAGUAAAGAUGUCGUCCUCGCCAACAAGAUGGAGAGUAGCGGCAAACCAGGGCGGGUGCACAUCAGCAACAAGACGCUACAGUAUAUCGGCAUGGAGUUCGAGGUAGAGCCAGCGUACGGUGAGCGACGGGAGGACGCGCUAAGGGCAGCUGGACUCAAGACCUACUUCAUCUCCAAGGUCCUGCGCCCGUACAAGCCACGGCCGUCGCUGCAGAUGAUGAGGAACGGGACGAAGAGUUCGUCGUCGCAGCCGUCGCGGGAAAUGCCCUCAGAGAACACCAUGGCUUCCAGAGACUCCACCACACUGUCGACGGCAGAUGAAGCGAGAAUCCUGAAGGCGUUGCAGGAGGGCGGCCGUCCAGACUCCUCCUUUAAGUCCAAGCUCAAGAAGGAGUUGGUCAACCGCGACGGACGCAAGGACCUGCUGAGCCAGACCAACUGCCUGACGCUGAGCUUUAGGGACGGCAAGACAGAACACGCCUACCGUCACCACCGCGAGACCUUCAGCGGCGCCGCCACCACCGCCGUCCCUCUUGUCCUCUUCCUCGUCGCCUUCGCCAGGUUCAUCCUCAUGCCCAGUGCUGGUGGGGGCGUGGUGGUGUUCCUAGUGGGCGUGGUCCUGCUCACUACCAUGGCCUCGGUGUCUGCGGCUCGCUCCUUCCCUAUACGUGUGUGUGAGGUACUGGUGAUGGCCAGUGACAAGGUUCACACGGUGGUAGUGCUGCGUGUCGUCUGGUUCACCACGCUGGUCAUCCUCGCCGCUGCCGCCAAUACGGUGGACAUGUACCUGUGCGACAAACCAUUCUCGAGCUUCGUUGCUGACAACACUUCCCAGCUCACCACCGCCACACACAACGACUCUAUCAUGAGCAAUACCAGCAGCAGUAGCAGCCACAGCAUGUACCAGGCACUGAGGGUGAUCCUUGCGCAGGAGAACACCACCACAGCCACAGAUGAUGAGGCGUUCAUAUGUCUUCACCCGGCUUAUUACUCCUACUUCACUCUGCUCAUCCUGUUGGCUGCCUCAUUACUGGCUCAGGUUAGCUUCAUGAUCAAGAGUGCAGUGAUGGUCGGUGUGGUAGCUGUGCAGUGCUCCAUGAACCUCUUCAUAAUGAGGGUCAGCCUCGACAUCGCUGAAGACUGGAACACUUUUGAUAGCCAGAUGGUUGGCCAUGACCGACUGUCUCUCUCCCUAGAGCUGUGUCUCAUCACGGUCCUCUUCGUCGCCCUCAACAGACAGACUGAGAAAACGUCGCGGCUGCUGUACCUGUGGCGGCGGGAGGUGGAGGAACAGCGGGAGAGGGCGGCAGACAUCCGACAGAGGAACGAGGCGCUGGUGUACAACAUCUUACCACAGCAUGUCGCCACACACUUUAUGGGCAUCAGGAGGAAGAAGCACGAGGAACUUUACUCUCAGAGCUACGACGAGAUCGGCGUGCUAUUCGCCUCUAUGCCAAACUUUGGAGACUUCUAUUCAGAGGAAUCAGUCAACAACCAGGGGCUGGAGUGUUUACGCUUCCUGAAUGAGGUCAUCUCCGACUUUGACCAGUUGCUGGAGCUGGCACAGUUCCAUGAUAUCAUCAAAAUCAAGACGAUUGGAUCUACGUAUAUGGCGGCCAGUGGCCUGAACCCCUCCAGACUAGUGAAGGAGGAUGACCCAGUGAAGAUCAGAUGGGCGCACCUGGCUCUGCUUGUCGACUUCGCUUUUGAAUUAGUGAGAGCUCUACAGUCCAUCAAUGAACAAUCCUUCAACCAUUUCGUCCUAAGGAUGGGCAUCAACCAUGGGCCCAUCACGGCAGGAGUGAUCGGGGCCCGUAAGCCGCACUACGACAUCUGGGGCAACACUGUCAAUGUGGCUUCCAGGAUGGAGUCCACAGGCAAGGCAGGCUGCAUCCAGGUGACAGAGGAGACCACCAAAAUACUCCAGCACUUUGGCUAUGUGUUUGAGCAGCGAGGUCUUAUAGCUGUGAAGGGCAAAGGUGAACUGAUGACAUACUAUCUGGUGGGGAAAGCUGCCAGCCCCCAGCAGGUGAAUGGAGAGUCUCUAGAUUAUUCUAAAUCAGAAGAUCAAGUGAAUACUUGAGGCUGUACAGCAGACUAAUACAGUAGCUUUAAAAUACAAUACAGAAUAUAAUUUUUUUUUUUAAUUGAACAAAUUAGAUGAGGACAUAACCCUCUCCUAAUGAUACAUUAGUCAUUCUAAGACACAUCCUGCUGUUGAAGAUACAGUCCUACAGAUACAUUUCUUACCCGCAGACACAAUUAAUACCUAAAGAACAGUCCUUGAGACAGUCCUACUCACCAGAUAUUACCCCAGGGAUGGAUACAGAACUUAGUAAAAAGGAUUCUAUUUUUAUGAUGUGAAUGCAUUUUGAGGGUUUAUCCUGCUACAGGAGCCAAGGCCACUUCACCUUGGACUAUUAAAAAAAAGGAAACAUUGUGUCAUUCUAAUUUUUUUAUAUACUCUUCAAAAUUUUAAAUUGGUAUCCAGGAGAAUCUACAAAACUAAACGUUAAAUUGCAUGGCCUAAAAUCAAACAAGAGUACGGAAAGAAUACAAUAGUGGGUUCAGUUAAAUACUUCAACCCAACGUACAGUAUCUUAGUUGUACCAGUGAAACACUCACAGCAUUCAGAAGCCCCGGCUAAACAUACAACCCUCACUCAGACACAGCUCUUACCUGUAGACAUAACUUUCACCUGUAGAUUAUAUAAAUUUAUUUGAAGAAAUGUUUUCUAGGUACUCAAUCCCCCUACUUCCUCCCUCUUUCUAUCUACACAUAUUGAUUGAACUCUGAUUUCUUGGAAUUAACUUUUAUUCAGAAUGAUUGUGAUAAAUCAAAAUUACCAUAUUACCUAUAAUAAGGGCAUGGGGAAGAAGUACCACACAUAGAUUGCAAUGGAAAGUGUACUGUGUCUUUUGUACAUUGUUAUCCUUUUUUAUAUUAAUAUAAAGUGUAGAAUUUCACUUUAAUGCAAAUCUGUAUUGAAAUAAGUAAUUUCAGUCAUAUUUUAUAUAUGUAAUAAAUCUCGCAUUUCAUUCUGAUUUUUUUGUUUUGUUUUUUCAUAAAGAAAGUAUUACUUUCUUUAGGAAAUAAAUUUUAUAUAUUGAUUUACUCAGUUAAGUGACAUGAUGCAACAGAAUGGAAAUUAACCAGAAUCACUUAUAUCCAAUAGGCACUAAAUAACUAUUUCCUGAGUUAAUAAGUAUGAAAUAUUGAUCUUAAAUUUUCAUAAAAAUUGGCUCCAGUUCUUUUUUCUGGCUGUCGUUUUAAGCAGUCAGGUCAACUUACUAGUAUUCCAGGAGUUUUUGGACUGGGCCUCUACCAUCAGCCAGGGUUAAUCUUUUAGCCUAAUUCAUUUGGAUAUGCGGUAACAGCACUGGUAUUGGUAUGGUAGUGUAGUGAAGUUAUUGUAACAUGGCGGACAAAAGCACCAAAUUUGGCAUGGAGUUUCUUUACAUUCUACCUAAUAAUUUUAGCCUAGGAGACCUCUUAGAUUUCUCCAGAAUUAAUAUGAGACACAAAAAUCCAAGAUGCCGCCCCCACCCCCCCAAAUUUUAGUUGUUGUUUGUUUGUUUGUUUUUAUAAAAUUGAUAUUUACGAGUAAUAAUUGAUAUUUUUUUUCUUUGUGCCCGCUUUUUCAUGGGCGAUGAUUAAAAUAGUUUUAAUAUCAGAAAGAAAAAGACCUUUAAACAUGUGGCAUCUUCAAAAUCCACGAUGACCGCUAUUUUUGGGUAUACCUGAACUAAUACUUUUAUGAAUUAUUUUCAAAUUAUCUUAUAGAUUAUACAGUAUACGUAUUUCUGAACGGGCAAACUAAUUAUUUAAAAAUUUGAGCAACACAGUGAAUAAAGCACUAUACAGUACUGUAUUGUAUUGCCCAGAGUUGAGGUAAAAUCCAAGACAACCAGACAACUCGCUAACCACUCUGGCUAACCGUACCCUGGA